UCUUAGUUGGUUAUUUAUGCUUCAUAUAACGUACACUUAUUCAGCCUGUUGUUCACUAUUCGUUAUUUAUUUUAAAUUGCCUUUCAAAUGUCUAUUCUUGGUGUUGGGUUUUAUCAAAUAAAUUUCCCCCAAAAAUGUGACUUAUACUCCAGUGCGACUUAUAUAUGUUUUUUUCCUUCUUUACUAUGCAUUUUCGCCCGGUGCAACUUAUCCUCCGGAGCGACUUAUAGUCCGAAAAAUACGGUAUGUAUAUGGGAGCCUAGGUACCUAUUAUGUAUGUAUGAAUAACGGUGUUUAUGUGAGUAUAUGUGUAUUUGUAUGUACAAUAUAUUAUUAAUAUAGAACCCUCGUUUUUAACGUGUGGCGGUUUUUAUUUUGCUGUGGCGUCGCGCCACAAUCAUUUACAUGAAUGGGAAACCCUGAUUUAUAUAAUCCGUAUCGUGCAACCCUAAUAAAAACCACCCCGGAUUCCAAAGGUUUAAAAGUAUAAAAUAUGUCAAAGAGGCUUCUACUUUCUUAAAAACUGUUGUACGUGAUUCGAGUGGAAAAAGUUUGGACGUGGUCCACAAUUACACCAAAGUAUGAAGUUAAAUAGAGGGCCACACAAUAUAGUUGACAGUUAGCAACAUAGCACACUAGCAGGAAGCAGACAGAUGUGUCGUCUCUACAUGAGUCUCCUUUGCCUUGUAGUGUAAUAGGUUUUAAAUCUCUCUGAGCUUACGGCGGAAGCUGCUCGUCGCCAAGGAUGAUGUGUUACUGAGUGCAGCUUUAGGUUGAGCGUUAUCCUAAGCGCUUACAUAAACGCUCUCGUUCCUCCGAUCAGCGCUUACGUAAGCGUGAUAACGCCAGCUGAUGUGACGACACAUCAUAUGCUUACCAUGCAAAAGUGCGUUUAUAUGACCUUGAAAUAUAUAACAAAUGGACACUCUAAAAAUAUAUACUGUGUUUAUUAAAUAAUUAUGGUUCCCUCAGCAAACAUUGCCUUCUGUCACAUAAUGUACUAACAAAUUCAGUAUGAAAACCUAAAUAUUUAAUAUUUAGGUUUAUUUUUCUUUGUUUUAAUUUCAUGGGAAAAACAGUUAUCAUAUUGCUAUUAUAUUCAUAUUGGUUGAUGUUAGUAUUGGUUUAUAUAUUACACUUUAUAUUGUUUAUCUAUGUUAGUGUCAUAUUCUUGGGGUCAUAUUCGACCCAGACCUCAAGUUUGACAAGCAAGUGAAAUCUGUGGUAAAAUCCUGUUUUUUCCAACUGCGCACAAUAGCCAAGAUCAAGUCUUUCCUCUCCCCCAGUGACCUACGGAGGGUCGUGUUGAUGCUCAUCUUCUCCAGACUGGACUAUUGCAAUGCACUCUAUGCUGGGGUCACCGACAAGACCAUCCAUAGUAUGCAGCCAGUACAAAAUGCAGCUGACAGGCUGGUGACAGGCCCAAAAAUGAGGGAACACAUUUCUCCCAUCCUUUCCUCCCUUCACUGGCUCCCAGUGAAGCGCAGAGUGAAAUUUAAGAUUAUCACGUAUGUAUUCAAAACGCUCAAUGGUUUCGCCCCAGCUUACAUCAAAGAUCUCCUGGACCAACCUACCAGCUCCAGGCUUGGUCGUUGCCUUAGAUCUGACAACCAGAUGACCCUGAAGGUCCCAGGGUCAAACCUAGUGACAAAGGGAGACCGUGUUUUCUCAGUGAUGGCACCUAGGCUAUGGAAUAAGAUCCCUCUGAAUAUCAAGUCCGCCACCACUCUGGACUCUUUUAGAGCACAGCUUAAAACUCACCUCUUUACCGCAGAUGACUUUUGAUUUAUGUGUUCAUUGUGAGUCUUAAAUGUUUAUUUUAGAUUCCUUUGUGUGUCUCAGGCUGUUUUUAUUUAUUUUAUUUUUAUUUUUUGUUUCUCUACUCGGGCUGAUGUAACAGUUGGUUGGGGGGCGCAUAAUAAAUGAAAAUAACAUAACAUAACAUAACAUAGUGUAUAUUGAUAUAUAUUAUUUUAGAAUUACAUUCAUAUUAGUUUAUUACCAUGAAUUGAUUUACUUGGACCCCGACUUAAACAAGUUGAAAAACUUAUUCGGGUGUUACCAUUUAGUGGUCAAUUGUAUGGAAUAUGUACUAUACUGUGCAAUCUACUAAUAAAAGUUUCAAUCGAUCAAUCAAAAUCUAUGCAUGUCAACAAGUCCUUAUCAAGCCACGCCUUUUCUAGAUUUGAUUGGUUAAACACGUGACCUCCCCCCUGCUGAUUGGCUCUCCCAGUUGUCACUCAACGCAUGGUUCUUUCAUUUCACCGGCGGGCCUUGUUGCUCCCUCGCCGGGCUACUUUUCAUAAUGAUGGCGCUUCCUACGUUUCUACCUCAAACGUCCAAAAGCUGCUGAAAGCCUUGAUCCAGGAUGCCAUGGCGAAAAAAACUUAAAUGGUGCCUUUUGGCGAUAGUUAGCAGCUUGGUGGCUCGUAGCCGGCUAGCUAACGCUUGCUAGCGUGGUAGCAUUGCUUCAUUUUUACACUUUUUCAUACCUGCUUUUUUUUGCUUCUAUUCUUCUCAUUUAGCUGCUGAAACUCAAUACGCUGCUAUGGAAAGAGCAAACAGCUUGCAGAGGUUCAUGAACAGGCGUCCCUCCGCCAACUGUCGCUACCAGCCUACCCGCUACGAGCAUGCCGCCAACUGCUACACGCACGCAUUCCUGAUCGCGCCCGCCUUGGUGGGCAUGGCGCUGCUGCACCGGCUGUCAGACAACCAGUGGCAGCGUGUGACGGCGUGGGUGUACGGUCUGGGCCUGUGCGCCCUCUUCCUUGUGUCCACCGUUUUCCACAUCAUCACCUGGAAGAGGAGUCACAUGAGGGAGGUGGAGCACUGCUUCCACAUGUGCGACAGGGUGGUCAUCUACGUUUUCAUCGCCGCCUCUUACACGCCGUGGCUGAACCUGCGAGAACUGGGGCCACUCGCCGCUCACAUGCGCUGGUUUGUUUGGCUGAUGGCGGCCGCCGGAAUCAUCUAUGUCUUCAACUACCACGAAAAGUACAAAGUGGUGGAGUUGACCUUCUACUUGACUAUGGGCUUCUUCCCAGCUUCUGUGGUCACCUCAAUGAACAACACGGAGGGUGUUCACGAGCUGGCGUGCGGCGGCCUCAUCUACUGCCUGGGCGUGGUCUUCUUCAAGAGCGACGGCGUCAUCCCCUUCGCCCACGCCAUCUGGCACGUGUUUGUGGCGCUGGCGGCCGCCGUGCACUACUACGCCAUCUGGAAGUACCUCUACAAGCCCUCCGGCGCCGACGCCCUCUUCCACUCGUGAGACGCCGCCGAAAUAACGUUUACGACCACGAAUUGUUUACCCUCUUUUCCUACACGGUUCUUUGAAGACCAAACUUUUCUAUCACUUCCUGUCAUUCCACUGCCAGAGGGGAGGAGCUGAGGCGCUAAGAGGCGGGGUUAUCUUUAAAACCUCUUCCUGUCACGCCAGGAAGAGAACUUAAGUGAAAUCGAAAGUGUUCAAUUUGGCUGAAGUCAAGAUGGAUGCAUGUGGGCGAACUGGCGAGGGCGGUGCCUUGACUGAGGGGCGGAGCUUAGGCCAUUAACAUUUGACUGAUCUAGCGCCCCCUGCUGGUCUUUUGCUGCAUUCCGGGUGACGUGAAGGUGCUGAGAAGUCGGUGUUGAUGUCGUCUUUGUGACACGUGUGUUGUAACGUUGGCCUUCCUGCCGCCAUCUUUGUGGUGCUACUCGCUCUCCUCAUGCGACAAUAAAAGCAGAGAAAAAUGCACAUGGUCU